AUGUCCGGUUACGAUGUCGAGCAUGGCGUUGACAUGGUCGAAGAGAGCAAGCCCCGUCGACGAGGGCGACCAGACCUUUCUUCCUUCUGGUCAAUGAAGAAGGAGACCUUUGGCGACGGACCUACACACAACACACAUGCACAGCCUACUCCUGGCAACGUCACUGGCAUGAUGAGGAUGUUAGCCGACGUCUACCAGGUUAUGCUCAGCGACCACCCGGACAAUGAGUUGCUCCCAGAGUUGAUCACUGAGCUUGAUGCAGCUGCGCAAACAGGGAAAACUGAGGGCAUGCCGGAGAGCUUCUUCGCGGACCUUGAUCGCAUACCUAAAAGUAAGCUGAAGAAGGGUGAAGAGUGCCCGAUAUGCGCCAACGAAUUUCUCGACGACCCGUAUCCACUCGUUGUACGACUGCCCUGUCAUCCUGACCACAAAUUCGACCUCGAAUGCAUACAGACCUGGUUGACUUUGAGGACAACUUGUCCUCUGGACAGGAAGGUGUUAUUGAAAAAGAAAGAGCCACCACCAAAAGUUGACGAUGACGAAGAGGAUUACGACGAUUACUACGCCUGA